ACGAACAUAUUGUGUGUCAUAGUCUUUUGAGUUUUGUUCUUCUCUAGAAUUUGAUAACUUUGGCUUUACUUAAUUUUUUUAGAAUUAUUAUAAAAAUUUUAAGAUUUAAUUUCAAGAUUCUUCCAUUUGUAUUUAACAAUGACAUUUUUUAGUCAAAUUUAUUUUCCUCUUGUCAUUCUUUCUCUAGUUUCUAGUCACGGAACAGUUGGAAAUCCAAGUGAACAAAGUGAAAAAUCUUGUCCGGAGAAUAUGAUUCAUAUACCAGAGUCUGAGAAUUCAACGGAGAUAAUUUGUGAUUGUAAACCGAAAUUUUUAUAUCAUCGAGACAGCGAUUCUUGUCACGAAGCAUUCAAGAGAGGUCCUUGUCCUCCUGUACAUUAUUUUGUACUUCCAUCUGAGGAUGUAUCAGCAAAAUGUGUGAAAAAUCCGUGUGUCGACGAUGGACUCGUUUAUUAUCAAGGAAGUUGCAAUCGACUUGGACAUAAUGGAUCACCCUGCGAGGAUGAUUCAAUUUUAUUAGAUGUCAAUGAAAUUAGUUUUGAACUCGAAUGUAAGCCAAUAUUAUUUUUCAGUAGUCGUCUCAAUGUACACAAAAAUUCCAAUAAUAAUUGUCCUCGAGGUAGUCGUAGAAUUUAUUCAGGAAAAUGUAAACACAUUUUUCAAUAAAAUGUAAUUAUAAUUGUAUUAUUUAAAUUAAUGUACAAAAAAAAAAAAAUAAAAAUACAAAAAAACGUAA